AUGGGGUGCUGCUGUGUUGUGGCUCGCCACGCGGUUAGUCAGAAGAAGCGAAGAACUGUGGAUAGGAGUGUCCCUAAUUAUGGUGCCGUGGAUUUGGAUUUAGUGCAAGUGCAUAAAAAUAUAGUUUGUAUGGGAUUUCCAGCAUUAGGAUUAGAGUCAUUCUACCGGAAUCAGUAUAAAGUGGUUCUGCACUAUCUUGAUUACAAAUAUGGCACAGACUAUAUGGUUUACAAUCUCUGUGCAGAGUCUCAACAUCGGUAUAAUUUGAACUUUUUCCAUGGUAGAGUUCGAGAGUACCCAUUUCCUGAUCAUUGGGCUUGUCCAUUGACAAUGAUACCUUCUUUUGUUGAAGAUGCUGUAAAAUUUAUUUCCUGCAAUAGUCCAUUAGGGGAAGGUGUAGUGGUAAUUCACUGUAAAGCAGGAAAGGGAAGGACUGGUUUACUCACAUGUUGUUUACUUAUGUGUAUUGAACCACUGAUUGAGGGUUCAGCAAUAAAAGCUAUCGAAUACUAUGGUAUAAAACGAACAUUAAAUGGACGUGGUUUAACAAUUCCAAGUCAGAUACGAUAUGUAGAGUAUUACGAAGUAUUGUUAAAACAGUACAAUGGUCAGGUUCCUUCAGAUAUUCCUAUAAUUGACAUUCUCUCUUUUCAAAUUCGAGGUAUAGAGGCAAAAACAACGAUUAGCUCAUGCAUAUGGUAUACAAAUAAGGGAAAAUGUAAUCUUGAUUUGACCUCAUCUGCACGUGAUAAUAUUCGCAUUGAAAAAUCCGCAAAUUAUGUAACAACUGUGAAUCUUGCAAAACAUUUAUUCUUUAAAGAACUUUCUGAGGAUAUUCGUUUAGAGUUUCUUAAUGGUGAUGAGAUUAUUGGUGCACUAUCCUUUCAUACUUUAUUUAUUCAGAAAGAGUACAGUUAUACACAAUUAGAUCGGAUUAACAAGAUGAAAUUAUCGGAGGAAUCAAGUAUUUAUUUUGAAUUUGCAUCAUCUUCAUAA